GGCUUUGUAGCACACGAUACAAGAAUCCAAAUUGAAAGAGCGUUCAAACGACUGCAUCGCUCAGGAUCCGUGAGUCAAAAGUUGAUGACGGCGACAAGGAAUUUACCUCUCUCAGGAGAUGAGUGGUUCAUGAAGGAUCGGAAGGAUCACCUAGCUGAGCUUGCUUCGCGAAAGUCGGAAGUAACAUACAUAACACCACCACACGCCGAGGCAGCAACUUCUUCUCGCAACCCGAACACAACAUGUCGAUUUACGAAAGUAAAGGUUUCGCAGUCCUUUAUGCUAGCGUUCCGCCGGCUUUGCUAGCCAUUGCGCUGCAGUUUGUGGAUUUCACAAGCCUGGGCCUACGUGGAAAGGCGAUUUUCUUGCUGCCUGUUAUACUUUACUUGUAUGCAGCGUAUAAGAUUGGAAAAGCUAUACUCGGAAAUCUGAAUAAUCCACUGCGACAGUUGCCGACUCCUUCUGGAGACAGCUUCUUGCUCGGCCAUGCGAGAGCUACGUGGGAGGAGCCGAGAGGAAACUGUUUCCUCAGAUGGAUCGACGAAGUCCCGAAUGAGGGACUGAUAUAUUACGCUGGGUUCUUCCGAGCUACUCCGCAUGUCAUAGUCACGAGUCCCGACGCGAUUCGAGAAGUUCUGGUCACGAGAGCGUACGAUUAUGUCAAGCCGGAUAUUGGACGGAAGUUUUUGGAGCAGACUACUGGACGUGGGUUAAUUGUUGUUGAAGGAGAUGAGCAUAAAAUGCAAAGGAAAAGUGUCGCGCCUGCAUUUUCUGGGAAACAUGUGAGAGAUUUGGUGCCGGUGUUCUGGAAGAAGGCGAAGGAACUUGCGGAUGUUCUGGCGAGUCAAUUGGAUGUUGUGAGUGAGGGUGACGAUGAACGGAAUACGGGAGUGGUGGAGUUGAAUAUGUGGGCUUCGAGGGCGACGAUUGAUAUUAUUUGUGCUGCGACUUUGGGGAGGGAGUUUGAUUCGUUGAGAAAUUCGGAUAAUGAGUUGGCGUUGCAGUAUGGAAGGGUUUUUGGGGAAGCUGGGGCGCAGAUUUGGAUUAUUUUUGACCUUUUGGGGGCUCCGCCGCCGUUGCAGCUUGCGAGAUGGAUGCCGUUUUUUACGAAGUUUCGGAAUGCGGCGGAGGGGAGGUACCAGUUGAGGCCGUUGUGUAGAAAGUUGGUGGAGCAAAAGAGGCAGGAUAUUGAGAGUGGUAAGGACUCGCAGGUUGAUAUUUUGUCUGUGUUGAUGCAGUCUGGGGAGUUCAAGGAUGAUGGACUGGUGGAUCAGUUGUUGACGUUUCUUGCUGCUGGGCACGAGACUACAUCUUCUGCAUUUGCAUUCACUUGCUGGCUGCUUGCAAAGCACCCAGAAAUUCAAAAGCGACUACGAGACGAGCUCAAAGCCCAUUUCACGGGAGUCGAAAAUAUCUCCAUGACUGCAACCGAUCUCGACAAUCUGCCAUAUCUUGAUGCUGUUAUCAGCGAGCAACUACGCCUAUACCCUUCAGCACCAAUCUCGCCCCGCUGGUCGGUCCGCGAGACGAGUAUCCUGGGGCACCACAUACCAAAAGAUCAAUUUGUCCUCCUCUGUCCAUGGGCGACCAAUCGUAGCAAGAAACUCUGGGGCGAAGACGCUCAAGAAUUCAGACCUGAACGGUGGUUGACGAAAGAGGGCUCGGAGAACGUGAAGGAUGCGGACCCAAUGCGUUUCUUGACAUUCUUCUACGGACCGCGGAGUUGUCCAGGCCAGGCCUUUUCUCGAUUAGAGCAGAAGUGUUUGGUCGCGGCGUUGAUCAUGCGGUUCCAGAUCGAGAUGGCGGAUGAAGAAGAGGAGAUCUCGCCUCGUGGCUUCAUCACGGUCAAGCCGAUGGGCAACAAUGGCUUGCAAUUGAAACUGCGAGAGUUGUCGCAGUAGGUGGUCUUUUUGCUCCAGUCUCGCCAUUGACGGCCUUGAGAGCGUAAAUGGCGGGCAAGAUACUUGACUCCACUCCAAGACUCUGGUGGUUCGGACGUACAAAGGGUCAAGAGGCGCA